CAUACAACUUUUCGAAAGGAAUAAAUCAACCCAUUGUACUGUCUACAUAAAACUGUAUCGCAAAUAAGAAACUGAACAGAUCAAUACAAGAUGUGGUCACUGGUUGUUCUUUCGUUUUGUUUCGUGCAAACCGUCCUAAGCCAAUGUACAGUUAAUGUAAAAACUGAUCUCACCUUUCCGGAGCCUGUGUUUCUGAAGAAUGAUAACCUUUGGAUACCAAAGAACGGGCAACUUACCUGGGCGUUUGGCGAGUCAAGUGUUAUUGCAUGUCCCAAAAAUAACGUAGUCAACAUACUACAAGAAACGGCACUUCUCACAUGUGUUGGUGCAAGCACAUUCCUAUUAAACGGUCUUCCGAUCAAUGCAUCCGGAAUAGUUUGCGCCAAGGUUGUUACUGGAGAUCUUCAGUUGACAAGUGAUCAAUGUGAAAACGGUGGUACGAUUCGCAAUAUUGGAUUCGAUAUUGCCGGAAUUGGAUUCGUGAAACACUUUUCUGUGUGUUACAAUUCCCAGACAGCGUCCGCUAUCUACACAAAGCAUGUUAUCCAUGGAGAUUCUAUUGCAGAUAGUAUAGUGGAGUCUUACCGCCCAUCUUUCAAAGUAACUGGAGUUCCCAGUUCUGUUAUGGUGGACACUUCUUAUACCAUCAAGGCGCAGCAAACACGAUUAGCCGAUCUACUCGGAUCGUCCACCCAGGCUGCAAAGUAUGUGAACUCCACCAAUUACCUAGCUAGGGGACAUUUGACACCGGAUGCAGAUGGUAUUUUCCGUACCUGGCAGUGGGAUACGUACUUUUACGUCAACGUUGCCCCUCAGUGGCAAAAGGUCAACGGUGGCAACUGGUUGACUGUAGAAAAGAUCGCUCGCAACAUUGCUGAUCGUCUUCAACGCGACCUGUUGGUGUAUACUGGAACGUUCGAUGUCUUAACACUGCCCCAUACAAACGGUACACAAGUUUCCAUCACACUUAGUGCAAACGGAAUAACGGUGCCAAAAUGGACGUGGAAAAUUAUCAAGUCACCAAGCAGCAAUGCAGCUAUCGCUUUUGUCACCAGUAACGAUCCGUACCGAACAUCUAUUGCGUCCAGCGAACUCUUAUGUCCUGAUGUUUGCGCCCUUUAUGGUUGGUCUAAUGCUGCGCUCCAAACAUUUUCCAAAGGAUUCACUUACUGUUGUACCACCGAUAGUUUAAGAGGUAAUGUAAACAGUGUUCCCUUCGAUGCGACCGCUAUCAAUGUGUUGUCCGCUUGAUUCAAAUGAGUAACGAUAUAGAUUUUCAACUUUCUGUACAACCAAAACAUUCAAACUUAAACAAGCUAUACUUUCUGAAUAAAGCGUUUCGGAAAUAUUUUUUCUUUCCUUUGCUGAAGUAUAACAUCCUCA